GCCUCCUCCCGCGGCUCGGCUUGUUGUUUUGGCGAGGGCUGGGAGCCGGGGCGCCCCCGGGUUUGCGCUCGCUGCCGCAGCCAGCCAGUCCCCUCCUCCUCCAGCCCCGGCCCCGGAGCGGCGGCGGCCGCAGCGGCAGAGCUGAGCCCGAGCCCGAGCCGGAGCCGGAGCGCGGCCACCAGGCUGCAUCCCCCACCCGUCCUCCGGCAGCAGACGGGCCAAUUUCUCCCCUUGCUACAGAGAUGAGACCUGGCAAGGUGCUGUGGAGUCGUCCAUGACAGAGACUGAGCAGCAGGAAGCAAGAAGGAGGGGAGGGGGUUUCCCCUUCUGCAGCAGCAGCUCCGUGUGAGCCCCGGCACGCAGCCCCACCCUACCCCCUCCUCUCUGCCAGGCUCCCCUCACCCCCGCUAAAGACACCAGAGCCAUCCCCAGCAGGCACAGAAUGUGCAAUUCCGGCUGGGGGGGGAUGCCCUCCCCAGGGACAGGUUUCAGAGGAGUCACCUGCAGCGAGCCCCAGCUGUGAGCCAUGGGCAGGGAGCUGUGAUCCCGUCCAAGCAGCCCAGCUGGGAGGAGAGGAAGGGCCUGGCAGGGCAGGGAGCCUGAGGCCUUUGGGGGCUGAGGGAGGCAGUCUGUUGGAAUUGGGGGUAGCUGGAGACUGAUCACCCCGGCAUGGAUUGUGUGGCCCUGCACCGCCUCCCCGAGGGACUGGAGACAGGAGAUUCCCGAGACCGAGACGAGACGCUGGGCUUGAGCUGGCUGGUCUGGGCUCUGCGGAGGCCUCAUUACUCAUGCUGCUGAGGUUGAGAGCCUUCCGCAGGGCAGCGGGGCUAUGGAGGCACGCACCUGAGAGCCGAGUGUAACCAGAGUCAAGCAGGGAGGAGGGGAGCACAGGACAGAAUCAAGGGUGGGACCCUGCAUUUUCCCCGGGGUCUCCUAUUUGGAUGUGAACAGAGGGGCCGCAGGGGCUGGGUCAUUUUCCUCCUGCUCCCAGCAGCCACACCAGGACUUUGGAGCACCAGGGAUUGGGUGUGGCCAAGAUGCUCGCUCCAGCCUGGCAUGUGUAGUUAAGAGAAUAGGCAGCCUCCGUGCAACUGGGAUCGUUCCUCCGGGGGCCAGCACGUUGCAGGGAUACUGCUCGUUCCUCAUCCAUGCUGCUUUCUGAAGGACUCUGAAGCCAGAGGUCGAGCCAGUCAGGCCCAGAGAACCACCCUCAGAGGGCAAGGGGCCUGGGAGGACGCCCUCCUGCUGACUUCCCUGUCUCCAACCCCUCUGCUGCCUGCCCUGCUCAGGCUGCUGCCUGCUGACCUGGCACCAUGUUGCGGCCGAGCUCGGGGGUGUUGAUCUCGGUGAACGGGCUGGGCUUCCCACCGCAGAAUCUGGCCCGCGUGGUGGUGUGGGAGUGGCUGAAUGAGCACGGGCGCUGGCGGCCCUACACAGCGGCCGUCUGCCACCACAUUGAGAAUGUGCUGAAGGAGGACGCCCGGGGCAGCGUGGUCCUGGGGCAGGUGGAUCCCCAGCUGGCUCCGUAUAUCAUUGACCUGCAGUCCAUGCACCAGUUCCGCCAGGACACAGGGACCAUGCGCCCAGUGAGGAGGAACUUCUAUGACCCCUCCUCGGCCCCUGGGAAGGGGAUCGUGUGGGAGUGGGAGAACGACAACAACUCCUGGACCCCCUAUGACAUGGAUAUUUGCAUCACCAUCCAGAAUGCCUAUGAGAAGCAGCACCCGUGGCUGGACCUCUCCUCUCUGGGCUUCUGCUACCUGAUCUACUUCAAUAGCAUGUCACAGAUGAACCGGCAGACGCAGCGGAAGCGCCGACUCCGGCGCCGCAUGGACCUGGCGUACCCACUCACCAUGGGCUCCAUCCCCAAGUCCCAGUCCUGGCCUGUGGGCACCAACUCCGGGCAGCCGUGUUCCUGCCAGCAGUGCCUUCUGGUCAAUAGCACCAGGGCAGCCUCCAAUGCCAUCCUGGCCUCGCAGCGGAGGAAGGUGUAUGUGGGGAACAGCAAUGGGACUCUGACUGUUAGGCAGAGCAACACUUUCAACGGCACAGCAUUGUGGUCUGCGGGCACCAUGCCAACUGGGGGGACAGCUAAGAUGGAGCAGGUCCGGUCCCCUAGCGGCAUGCAAGUGACCACCUUCUCCCGAAGCCAGAGCGCUCCCACUGGCACCCAGCUUCCUGGGCAGAACAACCUGAACAGGCCUGGCACGCAGCGGGUUGCAAUACUGAGUACCAGGGCCUCCAUCCCACCAGGGGUUCCCGCCCUCCCGGUUAAGAAUCUGAAUGGAACCGGACCAGUCCAUCCUGCCCUGGCAGGUAUGACAGGCAUUUUGAUGUGUGCUGCUGGGCUGCCUGUAUGUCUGACGCGGGCCCCGAAGCCCAUCCUGCACCCUCCGCCCGUGAGCAAGAGCGACAUCAAGCCGGUGCCCGGGAUCAAUGGCAUCUGCAGGAAAACCAAGAAGAAGCACCUCAAAAAGAGCAAGAACCCCGAGGAUGUGGUGCGCCGGUACAUCCAGAAGGUGAAGAGCCCGCCGGACGAGGACUGCACCAUCUGCAUGGAGAGGCUGGUGGCCUCGUCCGGCUACGAGGGCCUGCUCAGCCACCGGGGCGCCAAGCCGGAGCUGGUGGGCAAGCUGGGCAAGUGCGGGCACAUGUACCACCUCCUCUGCCUGGUGGCCAUGUACAACAACGGCAACAAGGAUGGCAGCCUGCAGUGCCCCACCUGCAAGGCCAUCUAUGGGGAGAAGACCGGGACCCAGCCCCCAGGGAAGAUGGAGUUCCACAUCAUCCCACACUCGCUGCCCGGCUACACGGAAUCCAAAACCAUCCGCAUCGUCUACGACAUCCCCACAGGCAUCCAGGGCCCAGAGCACCCGAACCCCGGGAAGAAGUUCACAGCCCGAGGCUUCCCCCGGCACUGCUACCUACCGGACAACGAGAAAGGCAGGAAGGUUCUGAAGCUCCUGAUUGUGGCAUGGGGCCGCCGGCUCAUCUUCACCAUCGGCACGUCCAGCACGACGGGAGAGUGCGACACGGUGGUGUGGAACGAGAUCCACCACAAGACAGAGUUUGGUUCCAACCUCACUGGUCAUGGCUACCCCGACCCCAACUACCUGGACAAUGUCCUGGCUGAGCUGAUGGCCCAGGGGGUCUCGGAAGCCAACCUGAAGGACUGAGGAAGCCCCCGCUCUCUGCUAGCGUGCUGCUUGGCAGCCAAACCCUGCCUGCGUCCGUGCGCUCGUGCGUGUCUCCGUGAGUCUGUCCUCCACCACGCCAUGCCCAGGAACCACCCGCCUUCCCAGCUCUCACUCUGCUUCUGCUGCCUUGACCUGCAGUAACCUUCAGACUGCAAUGCCGGACCUGGCUGGGUGCCGCGGAAGCGUACGUCCCCCCAGGUGGGUGGCCCCCCCUUUAACCGAGGCCAUGUGUGCGCCCCUCGCACACGCCGGCCGACGAGCAGCAGGCCAGCAGGAGCCGCGUGAGUGACCAAGCAACGCAAAGCUGGGCUGAUUAUUUUUUUAUACUCUUGUGACCUGUGAUAUUUUCCCUGUUCGAGACCCCAGCCCACACCUGACUGUACACACACGCCCCCCGUGUCGCUCUCUGUAUGGAAAUCUUGUACAGUAUCUACUAGAACACACACACAUAGCCAAGGGGGCAACUUCUGGCCAGCCACAGCACCACCAUCUGUCCUGUCCAGUCUGUGCCAGCAUCGUCUGCGUGAGCCACCUCCCCCCACAGCCACGUGGCACAUUUGCCAUUGCUCCUCACUGCUGCAACUCUGAAAGGGAGGGAGAAGGCCGGGGUGGGGGGGAAGGGAGCAGGACAUGCACAAGUGAGAGCUGCUCCCACAGCUGGGCAGGGAUGGAAAUGAGGUGGCUCUUACUCCGCUGACUUAGGGAGGGGAAGCGCUCAGAGCCAGCCCUACUGAGCUGCCAGGCCUGCAUGCACCAUCCCUCCCCGCCAUAGCGAAGGCUCCAAGACUGGCAGUGGUGCAGCGACCCGCCGGGCACUCUGCACUGCAGACACCAGCUAGCUACGGCCAGAGCCUGACGCAGCCUCGCACAGGUGGUUUAUUGUCCCUUAAAGAAGAGAGGUGGAGCAGUCAACACCCAAUCGGCAGCAGUCAACAGACCUCUUGCCAGUGAGCCACCGAUGCCCUGAUUGGUCCCUUCAGGCGGCACCAGCCAGGAUUCAAAGGGCCACUCGUGAUUUUAAAAGCCACAAGUGCAAACAGUGGACGGCUGGUACCCGGGUGCCAGUGGAGAUUGGCACGCCUGCCUACCUGCAUGCACGGGCCCUUUGCAUGCAUGGCUUUAAAAACCUGGGCCUGGUUCUCUCUCGGGGGUUUGUUCCCCAUGUAUGUAGCACACCCUGAGCUGGAAAAUAAACCUGCUCUUCCGGGUGGGGCUCUCCCGCCUGGCAAGUGUCUGCUGUAGCCGGAGAGGUUGUGCAGCAGCAGCCGGCCAUGGCCCCGUUCUCUGUGCACUGCAUCACGGCCAGUCAGCCGCACAGCGCGCUCCUCCCAGCAGUGACUUGCGGUCGGGUGGGCCUGCACCGAGGGCAAUGGCCACUUGCUGGCGGGAGGUGCUUUGGGGCGUAUGGACACACGAGCGGCUGUUCAGGAGCUGGGGCGUCUCUUCCUAUCUCAGCCAGCCCUGUGGGGCCACCUUGGCUGGGGCGCGCCAGCUGCCUGGCGGGGCUAGUGCUGCGGCCCCGCUUUGCUCCGGGCCGGUUGAGCUCUGGGUAAGAUGAUACUUAGCAGCAGCAGCAGCUCACACCUUGCUGGGCUGCGCCCCUCUGGACUGGGCAUGUGACAGGCCCCUUCACCUCCCUGUUCCCUGCACAGUGGCAAACGGAUGCGGGUGGAAGAGGCUGGGGUCCCCCCUGCUCCCCACACGGGCCAUGGAAGCUGCAUGGUGCACACAGCGAGGCUGCCCAAGGGGCUGGAAUGCCCCCCACUCCCUUCCACCCCACAGCACCCAAGGCAGCCCAAGGAGCUCAGCCCUGGCUGGAGGCGUGUAGCUGCGGCAGCCAGGGAAAGGGGUGACGGCAUUGCAGUGGGGGGCUGGGGGAGUGUCCCAUUCCUUCGGCG